CUCUUCCACUAAAUGGGAGUUUUUUUUUUUUUUUUUUUUUUUGCAGCAUAAUCAAUUAAUUCAAAGUCAACUCGAUGGAUUUCUCUGUCCUUCCUUCCUUGCUUCUCUCACUUCUGCUUUUCUCUCUGUUGCAGACGUCCACACUUUGCAUCAGGAAGCCAUAUAUCGUUUACUUAGGAGCACAUUCUCAUGGUUCAGACCCUUCAGCAAUGGAUCUCCAACAAGUUCGAUAUUCUCAUUAUGAUUUUCUGAGUUCUUUCCUAGGGAGCGAUGAGAAGGCCAAAGAUGUGAUGUUUUACUCAUAUUCUAGACAUAUCAAUGGCUUUGCUGCGGUUCUUGAAGAGAAUGAAGCAGCACAGAUUGCUAGUAAUUUUCAAAAUAGUUCAAUUUUUGGCUGUUUCAAGUCUCUAAAUGGUUUCUUUCUUAUCCAUGCAGAGCAUCCAAGUGUUUUAUCAGUAUUUCAAGACAAGGGAAUAAACCUGCAAACUACACGGUCAUGGAACUUUCUCGGAUUAGAGGGAGAAGACGGAUCAGUUCCUUCGAACUCCAUUUGGAAGAAGGCAAGGUUUGGCGAACAUACAAUCAUUGGAAACAUAGACACUGGCGUUUGGCCUGAAUCAAAAAGCUUUAGUGAUAAAGGAAUGGGACCCAUUCCUUCAAAGUGGCGUGGAAUGUGUCAGCAGGACACCAAAGGAGUUAGUUGCAACAGGAAGUUGAUUGGAGCAAGGUACUUUAAUAAAGCUUAUGCUGUAUAUGCUGGUCCUCUGAACUCCUCCUUUUUCACCUCACGAGACUACGAUGGCCAUGGUUCUCACGCCCUAUCCACGGCUGGUGGUAGCUUUGUUCCAGCAGUAAGUGUUUUUGGUAAUGGAAAUGGAACUACCAAGGGUGGAUCACCAAAAGCUCAUGUUGCAGCUUAUAAGGUUUGCUGGCCACCAAUUGGUAGAGUUCAGUGCUUUGAAGCAGAUGUCCUUGCUGCUUUUGAUGCUGCAAUAAGCGAUGGUGUCGAUGUUAUUUCAGUAUCUCUAGGAGGUGCUUCCAAUGAGUUUUUCGAAAGCUCCAUCUCCAUAGGAUCCUUCCAUGCAGUUCAAAAAGGCAUUAUUGUUGUUAGCGCUGGUGGAAACUCAGGACCUGACCCAGGAUCCAUAUUGAACGUAUCACCGUGGAUGCUAACAGUGGGUGCCAGCACAAUUGAUAGGGAGUUCACAAGCUAUGUCACUCUUGGCAAGAAACAGCUCAGGGGAGAAAGCAUGUCAGAUAGAGGUUUGCCAUCUGAGAAGUUCUAUCCACUGAUCAAUGCUGUAGAUGCCAAAGCUUUCAAUGUGUCAGCUAGAAAAGCUCAGAUAUGCGAAGCUGGAACACUUGAUCCCAAGAAGGUGGAAGGAAAGAUCCUGGUCUGCCUUCGAGAAUAUGAUGAUAGUGGAAGAACUAGGAAAGGCGAGCAGGCUGCUCUUGCAGGUGCCGUGGGGAUGAUACUGGUUAAUGAUGAGCUUAGCGGAAAUGAUGUUGUAGCUGAUCCUCAUGUUCUUCCUGUUUCACAUAUCAACUUUACAGAUGGCAAAUAUGUCUUUGAUUACAUAAAAACUACAAAGGCUCCUAUGGCUUACAUGAGUAGAGCAAAAACAGAAUUGCAGAUAAAGUCAUCUCCAUAUGUGGCUUCAUUCUCAUCUAGGGGGCCUAAUCUGCUUGAGCAAGCAAUCCUCAAGCCUGACGUCAUUGCACCAGGGGUGAGCAUAAUUGCAGCUUACACUGAAGCAACUGGGCCGACUAAUCUAAUACUUGAUAAGCGCCGUGUUUCUUACAAUGUGCAAUCUGGCACAUCUAUGUCAUGCCCUCAUGCUUCUGGAAUUGUGGGACUUCUCAAGACACUCCACCCAGAUUGGAGUCCAGCAGCUAUUAAAUCUGCAAUCAUGACCACAGCUACAACACUAGAUAAUGAAAAGGAACCAAUACUGGAUUCAUCCCAUCUCAAAGCAACACCGUUUGAUUAUGGUUCAGGACAUGUUCAACCAAACCAUGCAACUGAUCCAGGACUAGUUUAUGACCUGGCUAUCAAUGACUACUUGAACUUCUUAUGUGCCCGUGGCUACAAUGAAUCAAUAAUCAAACUAUUCUCCAAUACAGCUUAUAAAUGUCCCAAAUCAUUCAGUUUAUUAGAUUUCAACUACCCUUCAAUUGCAGUUCCUAAUCUCAAUCAAGAGUCAAUUACCAUUAAAAGGAAGGUAACAAAUGUUGGUCCCCCAGGCACAUACAAUGCAUCGGUAAAGGAACCAGAAGGAGUGUUGGUUUUGGUUAAGCCCAGGAGCUUGAAUUUCAAGAGAACUGGAGAAGUUAAGAAGUUUAAGAUCAUUUUCAAACCUAAGAUUAAGGGUGAACCUAAAGACUAUGCAUUUGGAGAGCUUAUUUGGUCAAACAACAAGCAGUAUGUCAGGAGUCCUCUUGUAGUGAAGCAUUACAAGAUUAAUAUGUAGUGGAUUGAUGAAGUUGUUCUUCAUUUAUCCAUUCAAUUUAGCAAAAUAAAAUUUGUGACUUGCCUUUUUCGGAGAAAUGAUUGAUUGAUGAAAUGGCAAUGUUAGUUAGCCAAAACUAUUCAGUCAUAUGCUGCUUUACAGUUUAUUUUCUACUCAAAAACAUUGAUUAAUCUAGCAGAAACCAAAUGAAAAUAGUCGUAUAAUUGGCAAAAACAGAAAAUAAUACCCAGAAAUAUCAUUUGGGUCACCUAGGUCAUCAUCUUGCGGAAGCAACUGUACAAGGAUCAAACGCCUUGACUUUGUGACCACUAUUGAAUUUCUUGAUACUUUUCUUCACUUUGAUUAUCUUUGUCCCAGUGGUAUUGAAAAGUCUUAGAAAUCGAACGAUCAAAGAAACACACACACACACACACACACACACACACACACACACACACACACACACACACACAUAUAUAUAUAUAUAUAUAUAUAUAUAACUGAAAUAUGCAUGAUCCUAAUGGAAAUUUUUAGCUCCUUUACACUCAGAUUAGCCCCUAAAACUGUGGAAAAUCUACAAAGCUCCCGAAUUAUCGUACUCCCCACUCACAAAAUAACAAAACCUUAUAAGUGGGAAGUGCGGUACUCCCGGAAUAUUGAAAUCUUGCUUACCAAACUAUAUUUAAGGGCAAUAUAUCAAAAGAGCUACAAAAUAAAAAUAAAAAU